AUGAAUCAAAUUUAAUACAUGUAAGUGUUAAGGGACUCAUAAGAAAUUAAACUCAGAGAUAAAUUAACUUUGCUAUAAUCCAAAGCGCACGAUUAUGUUAUCUAAUAGAUGAAAUAAUUGGAAUCUAAAUACAAAUCACAACUUUUGUUAGUUGUUCAAUAAUAUGAGGAAUGCAAACUAAUGUGUGAAUAACUCCGAUUAAAGAAUGAACAAUACUCAAAACUCAUAUUAGAGUAAGAAUUUAAAUCUAUUCAGACCAAAAAUUAUAUGUGUCUUGAAAUUGUUAAUCAACUCUUAACCUAGAAGAUCAAUUCCCUCCUCUUACAACUUAAAAGUCACAAUAUCAUUUCGGAAUCUGAAUAUUUCUCUCAUAAGAAUACCCUCUAAUUGUAACUAGCUGAAAUUUUCAUUAAUCCUAACCACCAACAACAAUCAGUUGGUCUUAACCCUUUGAAGGAUCCUUAAAAGCCAACACUGAUUGAAUCACAGAAUAUUCAACUCGAAAUGAUGAAUAACAAUCAAUAGGAGAAUCCCUCCAUUGGGACUUAAACAACCCAGAAUAAAUAGAAAAAAUAGAAACCUAAUAAAGAACAAAAGGUACUAGUUGAAGAAUAAUAAAGUCUCACUCCAAAUCUAUCUAAAGAACUUCUUGAAUAUCAAAAGUCUAUCUAAAAAUUAUAAAAAAGUAGGGAUGAUUUAUAAGUUAAUAAUGAAUUUCUAAAAUCUUAAAAUCAGAAUCUUUAAAGCAGGUUAAAUUAGAAAUUAAACAGUUCCUUUAAAUGCAAUCAUAGUGUUAUCAAAAAUACACAAAUAAUAAAAAAGUUCUUAAAAUUCGAUGAUAUGGUUUUUAAAAAUGUUUCAUCAUUUUAAAUGGCCUAAAGUUUUGAUUUGAGACAAGGAAAUAUAAGUAGUCGCAAAUUCUUUACAAGACCUAAAUCUUCAGCUCCAAGUACUACCAGAAAUAGAUGCAAUUCAACUUAAUAACCAUCAAGCAUGGGUUUCCAUGUCUUAUUCUGA